AUGGCCAGCGCAGCACAAGCCAGCCUCAUCAUACCGCAGCCCAACGGCCGAUCCCCCUUGGUCAUCCUCUCCACCGGCCCCCCGAAGCCCUACCCCCGCGGCAGCCCCGCCGCCGCGGCCUCCGGCCCACCCGGCAAGCCGCGCCCCUACCCGGCCGCCGCCCCGGCCUCGCAGGACCCCGCCGAGGCCGCCGCCGCCGCCGCCCUCGCGGCCGGCCAGCCGCAGGACAUGCUGGUCGUCUUCCAAAGGGACGACAAGGCCGGCAACGCGGCCGUCAAGGCGCGGGUUUUUGCGCCGACGUCCGCUGCGUCCAAGGCGGGUAAUCGGCUUGCCAGGGAUUACUCCAGCCUCGCGAUAAGCCUGGUGACGGUGCCAAACCUGGCGGCGCUCAAGGCGCUCAAGGCGGACCCGAAUGUCCAAAGCGUCCAGCCAGACCGCCAGGCGCACACCAUGCAGCCCGGCUCCGCCCGCGCCGGGGGCCCCGGCCCCGCCCGCGUUGGCACCGGCGGCCCCGCCCCCGCCGGCGCUGCGCCCGCGGGGCCGGCGGCGCCGGUGGCGGGGGCGACCAAGGGGGGUGCGGGUUCUUUCGUGCUCGGCCGUGACUGA